AUGCACGCAAUCGCUUUAUCCCUGCUUGCUGCCCUUUCUGGGUCAGCUCUAGCAGCUGCCUCUGCUCCAUUGGAAGCCAGAGCACCGCCAAAGCAUCUCCUUCGAUGGGUCUGCACGGGCAUCGACAGCGACGACAUCCCAGGUCAGUACUCCUAGUCAGUGCGGGAGUCUUCAAGCUGACAUCAGUGUGGUAGAUGUCUGCAACAACAUGUGCUAUGGUAUGUUGUCCAGUCUUGACCUCACAAAGCAAAGGGCGAGCCCACUGACCUUGACAAAGCCACCAACUGCAAGGGCAAUCCGAUCGAGCUAUACUGGGACAAGCCAGACACCACCACGCAAGGUCAGCGUAGCAGAAAGGCUGGAUGCGGUGGCGUCAACAAAUGCGACACCACGAAACCAAGCCCAGAUCAGCAGUGCGACGAAUACCCGUUCAAAUCGACCAGGACAGCCGACACCGUGUCGGCAUCUUACAGCCGUUGUGUUCCAAGGCUGCAGAACAACUGUGAGUGCCAUCACAGCCAUCAAUCUGGAGAGACAAUUGCUGAUAAGCAGAACAGACCAGGGCCAAGCCCUCCGUCAAUUCUACAACUCUCAAGGCAGCUUCGACGAAGAUGGUCUGGGCGGUAAAGAAGGUGCCUUCUCCAUCUCCUUCGGUAACGUAGGGGGAAUUCGAUACUGCGGCACUAGACCUAACUGCGCCAACGACGGUCACGAAUUUACCCAAGGCGGCUUGGCUAAACGCUCUGGCGAGGCCAGCAACGGUGGCAGGCUGGCAACUGGCGGCUGGUACCGGCUUUCCAACAAUGAGACGAUGCACGCUCCUGGUGGUGCCAACGUCGGGGACAUUGUGCACACUCCUAAGCCCAUCAAUAGGACACUGUCGGCUCAGUAUGCGCAGAACCACGUCUACGAUCCAGACCAAGGCUUGGAGCAGUAUGAAUACAUGCAGCACAACAUGUAUACGGAGCAAGCCACUGUUCUCGGCCCGGCCUGA